CGCUGUGAGUACUGACAUGGCGGCGGCCCCGGAGGAGUUAGAGCUCGGAGAGGAUAUCGAUGCCGAAGCUAUCGAUCCGGAGUGUGAGGACAAUGGAGAGGAGGAAGAGGAAAGCGCAAACAAUGAGUUCACGCUGGAUGAGGUGUUGCGGCUCGGAGGGACCAAGGCCGAUUAUCUAAUGCUGCAUCACUUAAAUGAAAAUGAAGAACUGAUUGAUGGUGGAAAAAAGUCAGCAAUUGAUGAUCUAGAAGAAGGUGAAUUGGAAGCCUUUGUCCAGAAAAUAGGCAUAAGAAAAUACUCUAAAAUUGUGCAAGAAGAUGAAGAGAGUGCUAAAGAUGAAAAGCAAGCAAAAAAGGAGGGUGUACAAAUUGACAAAAAGGGCAAGAAAAGUAAAAAUAAGGAACUGAAAGAGAAAAUUCAAGAUGGAAAGGCUGAUAAAAAAGGUCAGCCUGGCAGAACUGGAAAGCAAAAAGAUAAUCAGGAAUCAAGUACAUGUGAAAUACCAGGACGGAAAACCAAACAUCAGGAUAUGUUUGAAUUUCACCCCAAACAAUACUUAUUGGUAAAGCCAGGUGGAAAGUGGUAUGAUGCGGAUUAUGCAAAUGAGCACACCUCUGAGCCACAAGAUGAAUCAUUUGUCUCACAGUAUAAAAAUCUUGCUAAGCAGCUCUAUGAGCACGAAACCAAUCUUUACUCAAAUAAGAAAAAUCAAAAAGGAGCGAGUUCAACGUGGAUGAAAACAGUUGUCACAACAGGCACAUUGGCAGACAGGAUGGCAGCCAUGACACUUCUGAUUCAGGAUGCUCCGGUGCACACUCUUCACUUUGUAGAGGUAUUAGUCAACCAAAUCAAGAAGAAGGGAAGUCGGCGGCAGUCCUUAAUGGCUUUGAGCACACUAACAGAACUACUAAUCUCUGACUUGCUUCCAGACAAUCGAAAAUUACAAACUUUCUCGCAGCAUCCUUUUAAAAAGCUGGAAGAGCUUGCCAGUGGUAACAAAGAUACCAGGGACAAGCGCCUAAUAAUGUGGUACUUUGAACAUCUCUUGAAGCACCAUUUUGCAGAGUUUGUGCAGGCUUUAGAAGCUUUGACUCACGACAAUGUGCAGGCAACAAAGGCUCAGGCCUUGGGUACAAUUCAUGAGAUCCUCUGCAAUAAGCCAGAGCAAGAGAAAGCCCUGCUGAUUCAGUUAGUAAAUAAGUUAGGAGAUCCACAACAUAAAAUGGCGACAAAGGCCUCCUAUCUUUUAGAAACAUUGCUUCAUAAACAUCCCAACAUGAAAACUGUUGUGUGUUGUGAAAUUGAGCGACUUCUAUACAGGCCUAAUAUUAGUCUGAAAGCUCAGUACUAUGCCAUUUGCUUUCUCAACCAGAUGGUCUUGAGCCACGAGGAGAGUGACCUUGCUGGGAAAUUAAUAGCCAUUUAUUUUUCAUUUUUCCAUGCCUUUGUUAAAAAGUCAGAAAUAGACUCUAAAAUGCUAAGUGCUUUGCUGACUGGUGUCAAUAGAGCUUUUCCUUAUUCCAAAAUGGAUGAUGAAAAGAUAAUGGAACAGAUGGAUACGUUGUUCAAGGUUGUUCAUUUUGUGAACUUCACAACGAGUGUCCAAGCACUCAUGUUGCUAUUUCAGGUGAUGGACUCCAAACAAGCUAUAUCCAAUCGAUACUAUGUCGCACUUUACCGGAAACUGUUGGAUCCAGGACUGGCACAAAGUUCUAAACAAGCAAUGUUUCUAAACUUGCUGUACAAAUCUUUGAAGUCUGACAUUGUGCUUCGUCGCAUCAAAGCAUUUAUAAAAAGGAUCCUGCAGGCUACUUGUGGCCAGACGCCAGCGUUUAUAUGUGGAGCCCUCUUCCUUAUUUCUGAGAUUUUGAAGCUGAAGCCAGGUGUUCAAGCACUCUUAAAAGAACAUUGGGAAUCUGAUGAAGAGGAAGAUUUUAGAGAUGUUGAUGACAGUGAAGAUAAAUCUGAAGAUCUUAAUGAAGAGAAUAUGGUGAACAAAUUGCAUGAAGGGGAAAAAUGUGGCAAUGCUAACAAAGUAGAAGAAAGCAUUGUUCAGAAUACAACUGCAGCCAAAAAGCCUGAAUCAACUGUCUCUGUGUCAUGGUUGCACCACAAAAAUCAAGAAGGUGGAAAGAGUCUAGGAACCUACGAUCCACUCCACAGGAAUCCCCUCUCUUGUGGAGCAGACCAUGCGGGUCUCUGGGAAUUGAGAAAGUUGAGUGAACAUUUCCAUCCAUCGGUGGCUCUCUUUGCAACAACUAUCCUGCAGGGUAAUCACAUCCAAUAUUCUGGAGACCCUCUUCAGGAUUUCACGUUAAUGAGGUUUCUUGAUCGCUUUGUAUACAGAAAUCCCAAACAGCAGAAAGGCAAAGGGAAUACAGACAGCAUUGUGAUGCAGCCUAAACAGAAACUUCUGUUCAGUGAUCCACAUAAACUGCGAGUAAAUAGUAAGAAGUUUAUUGAACAAGAGGAGAGUCAGAUCCCAGUGGAUGAAAUAUUCUUUCAUAGGUAUUACAAAAAGCUUGACGCAUUGCAAAAAUCACAAAGAUUUCACAGAGGCGAAGAAGCUGUGGAAGAUGUGGAUGAUGAUGAGUUUGAACAAUUGCUAGAUUCCCUUGAAGGAGAUAAAUAUUUUAAAACCAUCGAAGACAGUUUAGAUUUUGCAAGUAAUAUGAAGCCAAAAUCAUCAAAGGAAACUGAUGAGCAAGUUGAUUCAGAUUCAGAUGAUGAUGAUGAUGAUGUGAAUAAUCUGGAUGAUGAAGAAGUGUCAUUAGGAAGCUUGGAGGAGGAAGACUUUGGUGAAGUUGUGGGAGAAGAUGCUGGUCUAUUUUUGAAUGAUACAGAUGAUGAAGAGGUCGACAGUGCACCCGCAGUGAAGAAAAGUAAUAAGCCUGGCAAAAGGAAAAAAGGUGAAGACUUGGAUUUUUCAACACGUGUUAAAGGAAAGAAACGGAAAGAGGGUUUUAAGAAUGAUGGUGACAUGUUUGCUGCAGCAGAGGAGUUUGGUUGUCUACUUGAUGAAAAUGCAGGAUCAAAAUUUGACAAUAUUGGAAUUAAUGCAAUGGCAAACAAAGAUAAAGCAAGUAUAAAGCAGCUACAGUGGGAAUCUGAUCGCGACGCUUGGAUCAGAGGCAAAGAUGCACAUACUCUCAGAAGGCAGAAGAACUUAAGGGCCAAGAGACUGAAAAAUAAACAGAAAAGAUUUUUACACAAGAAGAGAUGA